CGCGGGGCGGGCGAAGGCGGGAACGCGCGGGAGCCGCGGGCGGGCUCAGGAAACAUGAAAGUCAUCACCUGUGAAAUCGUGUGGCAUAAUAAGGAGCCGGUUUACAGCUUGGACUUCCAGCAUGGAGCGGAUGGGAGAAUCAAUCGCCUGGCCUCGGCGGGAGUGGACACAGCCGUGAGGAUCUGGAAGGUGGAGAAAGGCCCGGAUGGAAAAGCCAUCGUGGAGUUCCUGUCCAACCUGGCGCGCCACACCAAGGCCGUGAACGUCGUGCGCUUCUCUCCCAGCGGGGACAUCCUGGCCUCAGGAGGGGAUGAUGCUGUCAUUUUGCUGUGGAAGCUGAAUGACAGCAAAGAGUUGGAGCCGUUGGUUUUUCAGGAUGAAGAUGAAGCUCAGCUCAACAAGGAGAACUGGGCAGUCAUAAAAACUUUGAGAGGCCACUUGGAGGAUGUGUAUGAUAUUUGUUGGACCUCAGAUGGAAAUUACAUGGCAUCUGCUUCUGUGGAUAACACAGCAAUCAUGUGGGAUGUCAAUAAAGGACAGAAAGUUUCAAUAUUUAAUGAGCACAAGAGUUACGUCCAAGGAGUAACCUGGGACCCUCUGGGCCAGUAUAUUGCAACACUGAGUUGUGACAGGGUCCUGCGAGUUUACAGCACCCAGACCAAGCGAGUGGCCUUCAAUGUCACCAAGAUGCCAUCGGGGUCGGGAGCUGAAGGAGAGGUGAGGAGCUUUCGGAUGUUUCACGAUGACAGCAUGAAGUCGUUCUUCCGUAGGCUCAGCUUCACUCCUGAUGGCUCCUAUCUGCUCACUCCAGCUGGCUGUGUGGAAUCAGGAGAGAACGUUACAAACACCACUUAUGUUUUCUCCAGAAACAAUCUCAAAAGGCCCGUGGGUCACCUGCCCUGUCCUGGCAAGGGCACUCUGGCUGUUCGCUGCUGCCCCGUGUACUUUGAGCUGAGAGGAGCCUCUGCUAAAGAUGAAAUCAGUCCCAAAUCCCCCCCUGCCCUGUUCAACCUCCCCUAUCGAUUGGUGUUUGCUGUUGCUUCAGAAGAUUCUGUGCUUUUUUAUGACACUGAGCAGUCCUUCCCCUUUGGUUAUGUCUCCAACAUCCAUUACCACACCCUGAGUGACAUUUCAUGGUCCAGUGAUGGAUCCUUCCUGGCCAUUUCCUCCACGGAUGGGUACUGCUCCUUCGUCACCUUCGAGGAGGAUGAGCUGGGAGUGCCCCUGAAGGAAAAGCCCCAGAUCCAUGUCAGGACUCCUGGAGCAGCAGCAGACAAGAAAGCCAAGAAGAGCCAAUCCCACAAAGUGAUUUCCCCAGGCUCCAGGCUGCCAGAGGGGACCCCUCCCAGCAAGGAUCCCCCACUGCAACCCCGAACUCCCAGUACUGCUGGGAAGGAGCUGCCUUCCACCCCUGUGGGCAUCAAAAGCACUCCAGUGCCAUCCCCUUCCACCCCUGUGGGCAUCAAAAGCACUCCAGUGCCAUCCCCUUCCACCCCUGUGGGUAUCAAAAGCACUCCAGUGCCAUCCCCUUCCACCCCUGUGGGCAUCAAAACCAUUCCAGUGCCAUCCUCAGAGGAGAGGAGGAGCAGCCAGAGCAGCAGAGCCCCCCAGCCCAGGAGGGUCACCCUCACCACUCUGCAGUCCUGUUUCAAAACACCCAGGAGAAUAAACUUGAUUUCCUUGAAGCCAGACACACCAGCCUCUGCAUAUCCAGACCCAGCCCCCAUCCCUCCUUCCUCAGAACAGGAACAUGAGAAGCCAUUGCCAUCUGAUGAGAGCCUCCAAGCUCCCCCAGCCCCAAAACGUGCCAGGACUGAGGAAUUGUCCCUUCCUGCACCUGCUGGAGACCAAACCAGCUGAGAGUCCAACAAAUAAAGGCUGAGCAGACCCCUCACAGCCUGAAGGCAAAGCAGCCAUGUCUGAGUGCAUUUCUUUUUGCAAAAAUUCAAUCCUCAAUUCCCAGUCCAAGUUCCCUGUGCAGGUUUGAUGUAGAAACAUCAACACUGCUGUGAAGAAACUGCCAGUAGAAGAGCCAGGUUUCAGGAAUGUGGUUCUGCAGCAGGAGAAAUAGUUGGGAAGUGACUUCAAGAAUAAGGAAAUCAGGGAAAUCUGGGGAUUAAAAAUCCAUCCAGUAAGCUGAGAGUCCCUAAAUCAUGUUUAGAAAGCAUUCUGUCUUCCAGGAACUGUCUGGCAAAAAGAAUUGAAUGCAUUCAUAAGAUUUGAUGUUGUUCAAGACCUAAAAAAAAAAGAGGAAAUUGUGCCAUUCCAGCCUUUUGGGUGAUUCCUGGUGUCAGAUGCUGCUCCCCAGGAGCUGUGGGGUGGAGCUGAUUCACUCUGAGCUCAGCAGCAAAGCUAAGGACUGGCACGUGGAAGCAGAAAUGGGAAGAUUUAACUGCAGGAAACAAGAAAGCAAAAGGAAGAAAUCCUCUGAAGAGCUGCUGGAAGAAUGAAAUAGCAGAAAGUUCUUCUUGUUGAAUUUCUGGACUUCAAAAAGAAAUGCAGCUGUGAGAUUUUCCUGAGGCAGCAGGAUCUGAGUGUGUACAUUGAAAUUUCCCCUUUUCCCCAACUCCCUUAGCCAAUAAAACACAAUCCAGUGGAUGGGAAACUUCUACACCUAAAGUUUCUUUUUAGCAUUUAAUACUUCAUAAAAGCAGGAAUACAAAUGCUCCAGAAGUGACUCACAAAAGUCUCACAGGGAGGAAAUAUUAACAAACACCUCUGUCAGUCCUUCAGGCCAAUGAACUCUUGCCUCCAAUUAAAUUUCAACAAUUAAUAAGCAAAAAGUUGUAGGAAGCUUGAUGGGAUCUUUGUUUUCUCACUGUGAUGAGGAUGGAUCAAUAGACUUAAUUAAAGCUGGGUUUUCUUCUAGUGAAGAAUUACAAAGAGGUAAUUCUUUCAUUUCUUGGGUUUCAAGUGGAUUUUGCAAUUUUCCAGAUGGGUUUCAAAUGGAAUUUGCAAUUUUUUAGAUUAGUUUCAGGUGGAUUUUGUCAUUUUUCAGGUGGGUUUCAAAUAGAAUUUGCAGUGUUUUGGAUGGGUGUCAAAGAGAAUUUACAGUUUUUUGGAUGAGUUUCAAAUAGAAUUUUCAAUUUUUUAGAUGGCUUCAAGUGGAUUUUGCAAUUUUUCAGAUGGGUUUCAAAUAGAAUUUGCAUUUUUUUGGAUGAUUUUCAAAUAAAAUUUGCAAUUUCUA